AUGGCCACCAAAUAUGCCUUUACCCAAGGCUUGAGGGAGUUGAGAUUUCACCUGAGCAAUUCGGGUCAGGGAAGCGAUGCCUGCAGAUCCUUCCUCAAGCGAGCAUACCCUACCAUGAAGCACCACAAUCCCAAUAUUCCUAUCUUAAUACGCGAAGCUACGGGCGUUGAACCAAAGGUGUGGGCAAGAUACGGUAUGAACUCUGGAUCACGACACACUGGCACUGCAAAGGAGGCUGAUCGCUUUAAUGAUACAGGGUUCGGAAGAGAGAAGUCAGAGUCAUUAUCAGGUCUUUCGGACAAGGAAAUAGAGGACAAAGUCACGACCUUGGUCAAGAGCGAAUAA